CCGCAUCGCAUUUCGACCGCUAAGUUAUCAGUGUGGUCAAAUCAAACCGCAUAAAUUAACGGUUUGAUACGGUUUAAACCGCAGCGCAUCUAGACCGCAAUUCAUUACGGUUUGUACAUAAUUAAAUAAAACUCAAACCCACCCAACUGAAACUAAGUUCCAAAGAGUAGCUCUCCAUUAACAUCUCAUUACGAAAGAGAAAGACUGUUAAUGUGGGUAACAUAGCAUAAGCAAAAGUUAAGUAUAGACUGAUGACUCACCAUUUCUAGAGUAAUCUAAAGAGCUGAUGGAGUGGUAAUUGCCUCUAAAUUUUGUGAAACCAGUACACUAAAACCUAUUUGGUGCACUUCACUCACAAUUACACAGAAACCAACUAAGUCAAGAAAGCAUGAAUUGCAACUCUAGAGAAGAAAGACCUGGAAACCGCAGCAUAAAAAUGGUGAUGGAGAAGAAAGAGCUUUACCAAUUUCAAUUAGGCUUACUGGUUUCUAUCUUGUCUCUUCCAGUACUCUUUUGUACUGCCUACAGUUCCAAACGUUCUUGAUAAGCAAAGAGACAAUGCAGCAUAAAAAUGGCGAUGGAGAAGAAAGAGCUUGACCAAUUUCAAUUGAGUGCGACCCUGGAUUUGAAGAGGGCAAAGAGCUUGACGGACGACGAUCUCGAUGAGCUGAAAGGGUGUUUGGAUCUUGGAUUCGGUGGGUUUAGCUACGACGAGAUCCCCGAGCUUUGCAAUUCGUUGCCGGCUCUCGAGCUUUGUUACUCCAUGAGCCAGAAGUUUCUUGAUGAUACUGCGCAGAAAUCUUCUUCUGCUGCCGAGGGAAUGGAUUCUUCUUCUGACGGAGUUGCUGCUUCGGAUCAGGCUGCGAGCAGAGACGGCCAACUGCUGCUGCUGCUGAGGCUGUGGAAUCGGCGUCGACUGAGCGGCCGACGGGAACGGAGACUGGAUCGGCGGAAACGGCUGGAACAGAGUGUUCGCAGACGAGGCCGCUGCUGCGGUAGCGGAAACCGACGGGGAGAUCGCCGACUGGUCGAAGCCGACGGCGGAAGCAGCUCGCGAGGUGCAGAGGCGUACUCAAUCAGAUUGUGGUUUCAACUUCUCACCUCUGCGUACUCAAUCUUAGCGGAUUGUGGUUUCAAACCGCAACCGCGCGGUUUGGGUCAAUCCGAACUGUAAACCGCCAAGCACUUAACGAUCAGGCCGCAAAUGAAACCGUUAGUUUAAU